CCUAUUGUCUCCCCCCCCCCACUUUCAGAGACCCUCAUGGACACAAAGUGGGUGACAUCUGAGCUGGCAUGGACACCCCAUCCAGAAACUGGGUGGGAAGAGGUCAGUGGCUACGAUGCGGCCAUGAACCCCAUCCGGACCUACCAGGUAUGCAAUGUGCGUGAGAGUAGCCAGAACAACUGGCUCCGGACAGGCUUCAUCCGCCGACGAGAGGUCCAGCGGGUGUACGUGGAGAUCAAGUUCACUGUCCGGGACUGUAACAGCAUCCCCAACAUCCCUGGCUCCUGCAAGGAGACAUUCAACCUCUUUUAUUAUGAGGCAGAUAGUGAUGUGGCCUCUGCCUCCAGCCCCUUCUGGAUGGAGAAUCCCUAUAUCAAGGUAGACACGAUCGCCCCUGACGAGAGCUUCUCACGCCUUGACGCGGGCCGCGUCAACACCAAGGUGCGCAGCUUUGGGCCCCUCUCCAAGGCUGGCUUCUACCUGGCCUUCCAGGACCAGGGGGCCUGUAUGUCCCUCAUCUCUGUGCGGGUCUUCUAUAAGAAAUGCGCCCGCACCAUUGCCAGCUUUGCCCUCUUCCCGGAGACCCUCACAGGGGCUGAGCCCACCUCUCUGGUCAUUGCUCCUGGCACCUGUAUCCCCAAUGCCGUGGAGGUCUCAGUGCCACUCAAACUGUACUGCAAUGGGGAUGGCGAGUGGAUGGUGCCCGUUGGGGCCUGCACCUGUGCAGCCGGCUAUGAACCCAGUGCCAAGGAGACUCAGUGUCAAGCCUGUCCCCCUGGGAGCUUCAAGGCAAAACAGGGAGAGGGACCCUGCCUCCCUUGCCCACCCAACAGCCGCACAACGUCUGCUGCCGCCACCAUCUGUAUUUGCCAUAACAACUUCUAUCGUGCUGACUCUGACCCUCCUGACAGUGCCUGCACCACUGUGCCGUCCCCACCCCACAGCGUGAUUUCCAAUGUGAAUGAGACCUCGCUGGUGCUAGAGUGGAGUGAGCCGAGGGACCUGGGGGGCCGAGACGACCUCCUCUAUAACGUCAUCUGCAAGAAGUGCCAAGGGAGCCCUGGGACAUCAGGCCUGGCUAGCUGCUCCCGCUGUGAUGACAAUGUGGAGUUUGUGCCCCGGCAGCUGGGGCUGACGGAGCGGCGGGUACACGUGAGCCGGCUGAUGGCCCACACACGCUACAGCUUUGAGGUGCAGGCUGUUAAUGGGGUCUCCGGCAAGAGCCCCCUGCCACCACGCUACGCUGCUGUGAACAUCACCACCAACCAAGCUGCUCCAUCCGAGGUUCCCACCAUGCGUCUGCACAGCAGCUCUGGAAGCAGCUUGACCCUGUCCUGGUCUCCCCCGGAGCGACCCAAUGGCAUCAUCUUAGACUAUGAGAUGAAGUACUUUGAGAAGGUUAGUAAUGAGGGUGUCGCUUCCACGGUGACCAGCCAGAGGAACUCCGUGCAGCUGGAUGGUCUGCGGCCAGACGCAUGUUACGUGGUCCAGGUCCGAGCUCGGACUGUGGCUGGCUAUGGCCAGUACAGCCACCCUGCUGAGUUUGAGACCACAGGGGAGAGAGGGGCCCAACAACUCCAAGAACAGCUUCCCCUCAUCGUGGGCUCAGCUACCGCCGGCCUGGUCUUCCUCGUGGUGGUUGUGGUCAUUGCCAUCGUCUGCCUCAGACAAAGAGGUCGCCAUGGUUCUGACUCAGAAUACACAGAGAAGCUUCAGCAGUACACUGGUGGCCAUGUUGCCCCUGGCAUGAAGGUUUAUAUCGAUCCCUUCACUUAUGAAGACCCCAAUGAGGCUGUGAGGGAGUUUGCCAAAGAGAUCGAUGUCUCUUGUGUCAAGAUUGAGGAGGUGAUCGGAGCUGGGGAGUUUGGCGAGGUGUGUAGGGGCCGACUGAAGCAGCCAGGCCGCCGGGAGCUGUUCGUGGCCAUCAAGACCCUGAAGGCCGGCUACACAGAAAGGCAGCGGCGAGACUUCCUGAGCGAGGCCUCCAUUAUGGGCCAGUUUGACCAUCCCAAUAUCAUCCGCCUGGAGGGUGUAGUCACCAAGAGCCGGCCCGUCAUGAUCCUCACGGAGUUUAUGGAGAACUGUGCCCUCGACUCCUUCCUCCGACUGAAUGACGGGCAGUUCACCGUGAUCCAGCUGGUGGGCAUGUUACGGGGCAUCGCAGCAGGCAUGAAGUACCUGUCUGAGAUGAACUAUGUCCACCGGGACCUGGCUGCCCGGAACAUCCUGGUGAACAGUAACCUAGUCUGCAAAGUCUCUGACUUCGGCCUCUCCCGGUUUCUGGAGGAUGACCCUGCCGACCCCACCUAUACUAGUUCAUUGGGUGGGAAGAUCCCCAUUCGAUGGACAGCCCCUGAAGCUAUCGCUUACCGAAAGUUCACAUCGGCCAGUGAUGUCUGGAGCUAUGGCAUCGUCAUGUGGGAAGUGAUGAGCUAUGGAGAAAGGCCCUACUGGGACAUGAGUAACCAAGAUGUGAUCAAUGCCGUGGAGCAGGAUUACCGCCUGCCACCCCCCAUGGACUGCCCCACUGCCCUGCAUCAGCUCAUGCUCGACUGCUGGGUGCGGGACCGGAAUCUUCGGCCCAAGUUUGCUCAGAUCGUCAACACCUUGGACAAGCUCAUUCGGAAUGCUGCCAGCCUGAAGGUCAUUGCCAGCGUCCAGUCUGGGGUGUCCCAGCCACUGUUAGACCGAACCGUCCCUGACUACACCACCUUCACCACGGUGGGGGACUGGCUGGACGCCAUCAAGAUGGGACGGUACAAGGAAAGCUUCGUCAGUGCCGGCUUUGCCUCCUUCGACCUCGUUGCCCAGAUGACCGCAGAGGACCUGCUCCGGAUUGGAGUGACUUUGGCCGGACACCAGAAGAAGAUCCUAAGUAGCAUCCAGGAUAUGAGGUUGCAGAUGAACCAAACACUGCCUGUGCAGGUCUGA